AUGUCCUACAAGCAAAUCAUCUACACCACCCCGCCAGCCCCGGCCAUCGACCCCUCCCUCACAACAGGAACCUUCCGCGUGAACACAACCCCCAAACCACAAAAUGUCCCAGCGGACAAAGUCCUCGUGCGCGUGCACUACCUCUCUCUCGAUCCAGCCAUGCGCCAAUGGCUAACCGCCAAACGCUCCUACAUUGCCCCCGUCGAACAAGGCGCCGUAAUGCGCGGCCAGAGCAUUGCCCAAGUGGUCUCCGUCGGCAGCGACCUAACAACUCAAUACAAGGUCGGCGACUGGGUAGUCGCCUACUCCGGCUGGCAGGAAUAUGCACUAGUCGGCGCCAAAGAAGCCGAGAAGGUCACCGUCCCGGCCGGCGGCCGCCCCACAGAUGCCAUGUCCGUUCUCGGUAUGACCGGGCUGACGGCGUACUUUGGUAUGCUUGAAGUUGGGCAGCCGAAGGCUGGAGACACAGUUGUCGUUUCUGGGGCUGCUGGUGCGACGGGCAUGGUUGCUGGUCAGAUUGCAAAGAUUAAGGGUGCGAAGCGGGUUGUCGGGUUGGCGGGGAGUAAGGAGAAGUGUGAGUUCCUUGUGAAGGAACUGGGUUUUGAUGCCGCGGUCAAUUAUAAGGAUACCGAUUGGAAGAAGCAGCUUAAGGAGGCUACACCCGAGUAUAUUGAUGUUUUCUUUGAUAAUACUGGUGGUGAGAUUCUUGAUGCUUGUCUUGCGAGGGCUGCGAGGGAUUCGCGUUUUGUUAUUUGUGGUGCUAUCAGUCAGUAUAACUCUGCUAAGCCGCAGGGUCCGGCUAGCUUUAUGACUGUCAUUUCGCAACGUAUUACUAUCAAGGGCUUUAUUGUCUUUGAUUAUGCGAAGAAGUAUCCCACUGCCCUGAAGGAGCUGGCCUCCUGGUUGUCUCAGGGUAAGCUCAAGCGCAAGGAGCAUAUUGUCCCUGGUGGUCUGGAAGCGGCGCCCAAGGCCCUGAUUGAUCUCUAUGCCGGUGUCAACACUGGUAAGAUGAUGGUAGAAGUCGUCCCGGUCAGCGAGGCCUUGGCUGCCAAGUCCAAGCUGUGA